AUGAAGCUCAUCCUGACAAUCUCCUGCGCCUUCACACUGUUCUACACAGCUGACAUGCUCAAUUGCUACACCUGUCAUUCUGAGGAUAAAAACUGUCAGACAACAGUAUUAAAGAACUGUGUGAAAGCAGUAUGUUCCACCUUAACAAGCAUAGAAUAUCCUUCAGAUUCCAUCAGAGUAUCUAAGGGUUGUACAUAUGUAGCCGAAAACUGUUAUUUCAUGGAUAAAGUAACAGAACUGUCAAUGAACAACGGAUACUCACACGCCUCCCAAUCCUCGUUUUGCUGCAACACAACAGGCUGCAACAUAGACACCCUCCCUGCCCUCAGUGACAAGCCCAAUAAACUACAUUGUCAUACCUGGGUGAAUGGUACUUAUGAAGUUUUGCAAUGCGUUGGAAUUGAAGACCACUGCUUCAAAUAUAAACAGACCACUCCUGAUGGGGGAAAAGACACCAUUUAUGGAGGCUGUGCCUCCAGUGACUCAUGCCUCUGGUCUGCGAUGCCCAACCAGACUAACCUCAACUGCUGUAAAGGGAGUCUGUGUAACAAAGCCAUGGGGAUGAGUCUGAGCUCUCUCCCUCUUCUGCUGGGUCCCCUCAUCAUCUCACUGGUCUAG